AUGGUGCCUCGUGAGAACCCCAUCGCCUUUGCCAUGCAGACGACGUCACCUCAGCACAAUCCCGCAACAGCGGCUUCGCAGCCGUCGGAGGAGCUGCCCCUCGAGCAGACUGAGAGACAUGAUUCACCCCACGAUGCGCAUGAGCAUGAGCAUGAGCAUGGGCAGGAGACGCAUCGCGUCGGUCGCAGCGGGCGCCUGAAGUCCAAGUCGAAGCACAAGCGCAGGACGAGCUCGUCGGCGUCGUCCCGGACGAGCAGCUCCUCCUCCUCCUCCGACAACGGCAGCCUCAACCUCAAGGACAAGGCCAUCCGGAAGGCCAAGACGAUCAAGCACAAGGCCGUCGCCAAGCUGCCCGGCGGCCUCGACAGGACCCCGCUGCCCGACGCGCCGCCGGGCUUCACCGUCAGGUUCAUCUUCCACCGCGCCGAGCACCUGCCCGUCGCCGACCUGUCGACGUGGUCGUCGGAUCCCUUUGUCCACGCCACGCUCAAGACGCCGCUCGUCACGCGCCAUGAGGAGGACCCAGACCUCACGUGGCGGUCGCGCACCAUUCGACGCACGACGAAGCCCGUCUGGGACGAGGAGUGGAUCGUCGCCAACGUCCCGGCGAGCGGCUUCACGCUGAAAUGCCGCAUCUACGACGAGGACUACCCCGACUCGGACGACCGGCUCGGCAACGUCACCAUCGACGUCGACGGCAUCAGCGAGGACUGGCUGGGCGUCCCGCCGCCGGGCCGGGAGUACAAGGUCCGGAAACGGUCGGCGCACAAGGGCGUCUACCUCGUCCGCGCCCUCUACAGCGGCCACGACCACUACACGCCCAGCCUGUGGGUGAGCAUGCAGGUGCUCGGCGUGUCGCCGCCGCCGCAUGCCCAGAUCUACACCGUCGGGCCGUCCAUGUCCAUCAAGCACUUCAGUCCGACGAUUGGGCUGUUGACGGGCACGCGUGUCAAUGUCAAUGCAGACGACGACUAUGAGUAUGCCGACGUGGAGGAAGGGUGCCGCCACGUCAAGCACGCACAGAGAUAUGACUUCCAGUCAAACGAGAUGCAGCUCGCCGGCCCGGUGCCGCCCGAGCUGUACCACCGCUACGUCGAGUUCCGCCACAUCAUCGGCUCCAUGUUCACGUCCAAGGGCCUCCGCGGCCGCAUCCUCAGCCGCGCCCUGCACAAGCAGCACAGGCGCGUGUACCGCCACAAGGUCACGUCCGAGAUCAAGCCCCUCACGCCCUGCACCGUCGAGGCGUCGACCGAGCUCCUGCGCCUCGCCCACUACGGCAACGGCGGCCGCCUCUUCACCUACGUCCUGACCCUCGACGGCCGCCUCCGCUUCACCGAGACGGGCAAGGAGUUCAGCAUCGACCUGCUGAGCAAGCACACCAUGCACAGCGACGUCGCGCGCUACGUCGCCUGCGCCGGCGAGUUCUUCAUCCAGCGCCUCGAGCGCCCCCACACGCCGUCCUCCACCUUCUCCUCCUCCUUCGCUGCCGCCGGCAUCCCCGCCGACGAGGACCGCGGCAGGGCGCGGUUCGCGAACCUCGCCAUCUCGGGCAUCGACGCGACGCCGGCCAACAGCCCGUCGUACUACCAGCUCAUCAUCGACAACGAGUCGGGCACCUACCGCCCGGACAAGUCGAUCCUGCCCAUCUUCGCGGCGUAUCUGCGGCAGAAUUUCCCGGGGCUCAAUAUCCGCACCAUGGCCGUCGGCGACGAGGAGCUCGCGCGCCUGAAGAAGAACCAGGCUGACGUAAAGCAUAACCGGCCCGGCGGCGUCAGGAUUGUGCGCAUGCGGAGUCCCAGCUCGAGUGGGAGCUCGUUUAGUUCGUGA